CAACCGGAACAAGCAUGUAUAACCAUUGCAAGUAGCAUUGUGUUGGUAUUGAAAAACAAACAAAAAAGUCCAGCUUUCUCUUUAAGCACACUCUCAUAAACACUGUCCCGUUGCGAUGCGUAAACCAUAGAAUAAGCGAUGGAGUGUGAUAUUCUGGACUCUUUGGAGCAACUUGGCUAUGACGGUCCUCUGACCGAGGAGGGGGCGUUGCUCGAAGCCGCGCGGGGUGGCCUGUCGUCGGUGCAGUAUGUGGGCUUGUGCCGGUGGUUGGUGUCCCGUUUAAAGCCGCUGUGUGACCUGGAGGAGAAUAUCACUACCGGUUCUGAUGACUUGGAAAGCUUGGAGGUGGACAUGAGGGGCUUGCUGAAGGAGCUUUGCUGCCCUUAUGACGCGUCUGCAAUACGGAACGGAAACGCUAAAGACUACCUCAAAUUUAUCUUGUUUUUAAGCUCUGAGCUUCAGGCGGCACAGAUUAUCAUUAGCGGACGACAUGACAUUCGGGGACAGAAUGGGUGUCCGGCAUCUCGGGAUCUGCGGGAAAUCUGCCAGACCUUGAGCAUGUCAAACUGUAAGGGACAGGAUGCAGUGGAUGUCCUCUCUCUCAUUCAAAACAAGGUGUACACGCUUGUUGAAAAGUGCCCUGAUGUUACAGAAGGAAAACCUGCUAUGAAGAAAGCUCUCAGCAGUGAACAGUGGGAGACGUUACGCAGCGUUAACGCCACCAUGUCUGCAGAGUACGAGUGUCGUCGCAGGAUGCUCAUCAAGCGUCUGGAUGUCACCGUUCAGUCUUUCGGGUGGUCUGACAGGGCCAAGGCGAAGGUGGAUAGCAUGGCUCGGGCCUACCAGCCUAAGCGACAUGUGUUGAGGGCCGAGACCACAGUUGACGCCGCUGCUCUGCUGGCCGCCAGAGAGGACAUCUUUAACGUGGUUAAGACCAGCAGCGGCGCCAGCAGGGUGAACACCGCAUGCGCCGUCAACAAGGUCCAAAUGGGAAGAGUUCCUGACCGAGGCGGGCGCCCCUCAGAGAUAGAAGCACCGCCCCCUGAGAUGCCCCCCUGGCAAAAAAGGCAAGAUGGCGGCAGCAACUGGGGAGGUCAUGGGCAAGGAAGAGGUGGAUGGCAAGAGAGUCGGGGUGACAGAUGGGUGGGCGGAGGAGGCGGCGGUGGAUGGUGGGGAGGGGGAGGAGGAGGAGAUUGGCAUGGUGGGACACGCAACCAUGGUGGCAAGCGAGGACGGUACCAGUAUUGAUUUUCCUAUUCUUUUGAAUAAGUUGCCCUUUUAUAUGAAUUUGACAGAAAAAAAAGUGUUAUGAAAUUGAAGACCGUUUUAUACAAGCAAUCAACCUCAAUAACCUUAAUGUAUUUCAUUUUAUUCCUUUUCUAAAUUCACAUUGAAUAUAGUGGUGCCUUGAGAUAAGAGUCAUUAUUCAGCUGAUUUUUUUUUUUUGACAGUAAACACAAUUCUGCAAAUAUUGAAUUCUACUCCGACUUGAAGAUUACAUUCAUAUCAGUGUUGUUUUUGGCAGCCAUUUUAAUUUUCGUCGUAGCCUGUGUGGGGCGGGGAGGCGCAGCACGCCACAUGAGUGACACGACCAAACACUGCUAAAUGCGUGCUAACUACACACAAAAUAAAAUAUCACAAAUAUGAAUUUAACGGAAACUGGCUAAUUUUCAUCUUCUCGGUAAGUUUGUCUCCUAAGACACGUUUUCAACAUGUUGACGUCAUCGUCAUGAAAAAAUUGUUCGUUGACGAAAACAACACCGAUUCAGAUUUAAGAGAAUUAACACGUUUUAUUUUUAUAAAAAAUAGUUCUGGCUUAUCGAAACUUGAAAGGCAUCUUAGAUUCUUAGCUUAAUGCUAACAUGCAAAUCACCAUUAACCUCUUUUCCCUUAUCAAAAGAUCAGUGAUAUUACAGUUGUAAGUCGAUCCCAGUAUGGCUUAAUAGUAUUACAUCCCCACUUUUUGGAAAAAGCAGGACAAAUUAUUUUGAUAGCAGAAAACUGUUUACAUUUUAUUUAGUUAUGGUAUCAUCCUUGGUUUAAAAAAAAAAACCAAGUAGGACGUUAUUUUUUUAAAAACUCAAAUAUUUUGAGUUAAGAGGGUCGACUGGGACACAUUCGUAGCAUUUCAAUGGGCAAAGAUGAUUUGCAAUGAGUGUUUUGAGUUAUGAGCAUGGCUGACAACAAACUCAUCUCAAGGCAACACUGUAAUACUGUAUAAUUAUUCCUCCAUUUCAUUGAAGGACAGCAACCCUCAAAUAGUGUUCAUUCAAAAUACUAAGUAGCUAUUCAGUGCAGCACUCACUUUCAGUCCAACAAACAUGACUACACUGGUAUAUGAACUACAAAUGAGUCUACUCUUGUAUGUAAGCCUGUCACAAUAAUUAUUGACUUGUCAUUCGACAUAUAAAAUUUGACUUGUGACAGCCAUUAUCAUGACAUGGUUUACCUGCGAAUCAAAUUAGAAAUCGCAGCAAUACUUUGCUCUCAAAUAGCGUAUAGGCCUCAUUUCAUAUAUACAGUGGGGCUAGUAAGUAUUUAGUCAACCACCAAUUGUGCAAGUUCUCCGACUUGAAAAGAUUAGAGAGCCCUGUAAUUGUCAACAUGGGUAAACCUCAACCAUGAGAGACAGAAUGUGGAAAAAAACAAACAGAAAAUCACAUCGUUUGAUUUUUAAAAGAAUUUAUUUCCAAAUUAGAGUGGAAAAUAAGUAUUUGGUCACCUACAAACAAGCAAGAUUUCUGGCUGUCAAGGAGGUCUAAAGAGGCUCCACUUGUUACCUCUAUAAAUGGCACCUGUUUUAACUCAUAAUCGGUAUAAAAAACACCUGUCCACAACCUCAGUCAGUCACUCUCCAAACUCCACUAUGGCCAAGACGAAAGAGCUGUCGAAGGACACCAGAGACAAAAUUGUAGACCUGCACCAGGCUGGGAAGACAAUCUGCAAUAGGUAAAACACUUGGUGUAAAGAAAUCAACUUUGGGAGCAAUUAUUAGAAAAUAGAAGACAUACAAGACCACUGAUAAUCUCCCUCGAUCUGGGGCUCUAUGCAAGAUCUCACCCCGUGGCGUCAAAAUGACAACAGGAACGGUGGGCAAAAAUCCCAGAACCACACGGGGGGACCUAGUGAAUGAGAGUUGGGACCACAGUAACAAAGGCUACUAUAAGUAACACAAUGCGCUGCCAGGGACUCAAAUCCUGCACUGCCAGAAAUGUCCCCCUGCUGAAGCCAGUACACGUCCAGGCCUGUCUGUGGUUCGCUAGAGAACAUUUGGUUGAUCCAGAAGAGGACUGGGCGAAUGUGUUAUGGUCAGAUGAAACCAAAAUAGAACUUUUUGGUAGAAACACAGGUUCUUGUGUUUGGAGGAGAAAGAAUACUGAAUUGCAUCCGAAGAACACCAUACCCACUGUGAAUCAUGGGGGUGGAAACAUCAUGCUUUGCGGCUGUUUUUCUGCAAAGGGACCAGGAGGACUGAUCCGUGUAAAGGAAAGAAUGAAUGGGGCCAUGUAUCGAGAGAUUUUGAGUGAAAAUCUCCUUCCAUUAGCAAGGGCAUUGGAGAUGAGACGUGGCUGGGUCUUUCAGCGUGACAAUGAUCCCAAACACACAGCCAGGGCAACAAAGGAGUGGCUUCGUAAGAAGCAUUUCAAGGUCCUGGAGUGGCCCAGUCAGUCUCCAGAUCUCAACCCCAUAGAAAAUCUUUGGAGGGAGUUGAAAGUCCUUGUUGCCCAACGACAUCCCCAAAAAAUCACUACUCUAGAGGAGAUCUACAUGGAGAAAUGGGCCAAAAUACCAGCAACAGUGUGUGAAAAGGUUGUUAAGAGUUACAUAAAACGUUUUGCCUCCGUUUUGCCAACAAAGGAUACAUAACAAAGUAUUGAGAUGAACUUUUGGUAUUGACCAAAUACUUACUUUCCACCAUGAUUUGCAAAUAAAUUCUUUAAAAAUCAAACAAUGUGAUUUUCUGUUUUUUUUUUUCCACGUUCUGUCUCAUGGUUGAGGUUCACCCAUGUUGACAAUUACAGGCCUCGCUAAUAUUUUCAAGUGGGAGAACUUGCACAAUUAAUGGUUGACUAAAAACGUAUUUGCGCCACUGUAUAUGUACAGUGGUACCUCGAUAUACGAUGGCUUCGACACACGAUCUUUUCGACAUCUGAUGUAAAAUUUGACUCGCCAUGUGUUUCUAUAUCCGACGACAUGCUCGAAACAUUUUAUGACAGCGCUGCAGUUUGUUUUGCCGGAAGACGGACGCACGGCGGAGUGCAGGUGGUUAAAAAGGUGACGUUUACCAUUGAAAUGCGGAUGGAAAUAAUAGAAAAAUAUGAGCGUGGUGUGCGCAUCCGUGAACUGUCUCGACAAUACGGUGUUGACGGUACUCCACCGACCGCCAGUCUUUAUAAGUUAAGGUGACAAUUAUUAUUGUGUUAACAUCGUCAAAUCGCAAGCUUCGUCAGGUUUCUUCUUUAUUCCAUCAACUUGUGUAACACAACACGCCUACUGUCCGCCGCAGUUGACGCCAGCAACAAAACAUUGAAAGUAAAAUCUCUACCGCACUACAUCACUGUCGCGGUGCGUUCAGGUACAGCAAGCAAAAACAUCUGCCACAUUAUAAUAUUACCGUAAUUUCCCGAGUAUAAGGUGCACCCGUGUAUAAUGUGCACCCCAAAUUUACUUGUAAAAUCUAGGGAAAAUUAUUGUACCCAUGUAUAACGCGCACCCUAAUUUUAGCACCAAUUAAUAGAAGAAUACAAGAAAACAGAGCUCGUGUACAGAUAUAGAGAAGUCAUUUUACUGUCUGGUGAAACACAGCACAAGCAUAGCACAUUGGUAGUUCAAAACAUUAUCGUAAACUGACAAUAUGUAUGGUAAUAAUAUGAUGAUAACUUCUUGAACUUACCAGAAUCCAGGAGAAAACAAAACAGAUGUGACUUUUCUUUUAAAGGCUUCUGUAUAACUUGCUCGUUUCAUCAUGAUGAAUAAAUGUUUCCUUCAUGGAUUGAUACGGUAAAAUGAAAGUAAGAACGCAAGUCGGCAAUCCGAGAGAGCUCAUCGCUGUUGGGUUAGAGUUUACCGAGGGACAGAUAUAGUUGACGGACACAGGACGUCUGUGAUGCGUUACGUAUGUUAUGGUCCGAGUUGCGGAGCUGCAGUAAACGUUGACUCAAUCAAGAAACUAAAUUCUGUGCUUUAUGAAGAGUGAAAAAAGCAGAAAUUAACACAGACAAAAUUGUUCGGCCGAUCAGAGCGAAGUAUUACCGAAACAAAAUGGUGACGUCACGUACCGUAGUGAUCGGCCACAUACGUUUCUUCAACACAACAUGGCCAUGUCAAUUUUUAAAAAAUCGGUUUAUAUAUAUAUAUAUAUACGUGUAUAUAUAUAUAUAUAUACGUAUAUAUGUAUAUAUACGUAUAUAUAUGUAUAUAUAUGUGUAUAUAUGUAUAUAUAUAUGUGUGUAUGUGUAUAUAUAUACGUAUAUAUAUAUAUAUUAGGGCUGUCAAACGAUUAAAAUUUUUAAUCGAGUUAAUUACAGCUUAAUUAAUCGUAAUUCAAACCAUCUAUAAAAUAUGCCAUAUUUUUCUGUAAAUUAUUUUUGGAAUGGAAAGACGAGACAAGAUGGAUAUAUACAUUCAACAUACGGUACAUAAGGACUGUAUUUGUUUAUUAUAACAAUAAAUCAACAAGAUGGCAUUAACAUUAUUAACAUUCUGUUAAAGCGAUCCAUGGAUAGAAAGACUUGUAGUUCUUAAAAGAAAAAUUUUAGUACAAUUUAUAGAAAUUUUAUAUUAAAACCCCUCUUAAUGUUUUCGUUUUAAUGAAACUUGUAAAAUUUUCAAUCAAAAAAUAAACUAGUAGCCCGCCAUUGUUGAUGUCAAUAAUUAUUUACACAAUGCUCAUGGGUGGCUGAAGCCUAUAAAAUCAGUCGCACCCAAGCGCCAGCAGAGGGCGGCAAAACUCCAUAUAACACAAUUAACAAGUGGUCAGUUCACUGUACUGUCAUUUAAAUCUGUCUGAGCGGGUAAUCUGCGUUAAUUGCGUCAAAUAUUUUAACGCACGUUAACGCACUAAUUUUGACAGCCCUUAUAUAUAUAUAUAUAUAUAUAUAUAUAUAUAUAUAAUUUCUGUCGCCAUCCCUGUACCCGUGUAUAAUGGGGACCAUGAUUUUACAAGUUGAUUUUGGAGGAAAAAAAGUGUGUUAUAUUCGGGAAAUUACGGUAUUGAUUUAUAAUUUAUUAGUUUUGCUAUGUGUAACUGCCAUUUGUAAUAGUACCAGCAGUAUUUAUUAAGGAUUUAGUGUAGGUUUUCGGGCUGUGGAACAAAUUAAUGGAAUUAUAAUGUAUUAUUAUGGGAAAAUCCUGCUCGACAUAGGACCAUUUCGACUUACAAACAAGGUCCUGGAACGAAUUAACUUCGUAUGUAGAGGUACCACUGUAUAUACAAAGAAAUCUACCUGAAUUAGCACUUAUAACUGCACAAGUACAAAUAGACUUCUGUUGCUAACCAAAACAGAAGCAUCCAUAGAAACCUUCACAUUGCUAAUGAUUUAUUAUGUGGUGACUGUUUAGCGUUUUAGUAGACUGUGACGUGGCACAAUGUUGUGAUUGCCUUAUUGGUUUGAUUUUGUUUUGUUUGCCUUGCCAUAGGUGUGUAAAUAAAAGGCCUCACUUCUU